AUGAAUGAUUUAUUCUCGAGUUCGUUCAAGAAGUACACUGAUCUGAAGCAGCAGGCUCAAAUAGACGACAUGGAGGCGGGGAAGGAUAGUAUGAAUCUGGACAGAUUCUUUGAAGAUGUAGAGAAUGUGAAGGAAGAUAUGAAAACCGUUGAGAGGCUGUACAAGAGUUUACAAGAAGCCAACGAAGAAAGCAAGAUUGUUCAUAAUGCUAAGACCAUGAAAAAUCUUCGCUCCCGGAUGGACAUAGAUGUUGAACAAGUCCUGAAACGUGUUAAAAUCAUCAAGGGAAAGCUCGAAGCCUUAGAUCGAUCCAAUGCAGCUCACCGCAACAUUCCAGGGUGCGGUCCAGGAUCAUCUACGGAUCGAACCAGGACAUCCGUGGUUAGCGGUUUGGGAAAGAAGCUGAAGGAUCUCAUGGAUAAUUUUCAGGACUUGAGAGCUAGAAUGGCAGCCGAAUAUAAGGAAACUGUGGAACGCAGGUAUUUCACAAUCACAGGAGAAAGGGCUAGUGAAGAAACGAUUGAGAAUUUGAUAUCCAGUGGUGAAAGCGAAAGUUUCAUGCAAAAGGCAAUUCAGGAACAAGGGAGAGGCCAGAUUCUUGACACAAUAUCAGAAAUUCAGGAGAGACAUGAUGCUGUGAAGGAGAUAGAGAAGAAUUUGAUUGAGCUUCACCAGGUAUUCUUGGAUAUGGCUGCUCUUGUGGAAGCUCAGGGUCACCAGCUCAAUGACAUUGAGAGUCAUGUUGCGCACGCUAGCUCGUUCGUCAGGCGAGGGACUGAGCAGCUUGCUGAGGCCAGGGAAUAUCAGAAGAGCUCUCGGAAGUGGACGUGCUAUGCCAUUUUAGCCGGUGCUGUCCUCAUUAUUGUCCUCCUAUUACCAUUUAUGCCACAUCUCUUGGCUCUCUUGUAG